UGACAGUCGCGGAUCCUGUGACACCUCCCAGCAGCCAGCCAGGCACUUGUUGCUCCCAGGACCUGUUGUCAUCCCUUCACCGGCUUUCCCUCUAGUCCCCUGCGCCCUGUUGGCGGCUCCCCUUUGCAUGGGAUCACCUGGGACACGAUCUCUCAGACACGGAGAAAUAAGUGGGUUUUUAAAACCGUGCUGAAGAGAGGCCCCGCGAGCGGGCGCGCGGAGCGCUGGCCCAGGCGCUGCAGAGGUGGCGCCUCUCCGUCCCGGGACGGUGGCCCCGGGCGCCGACGGCAUGACGGACUCGGCCACAGCUAACGGGGACGACAGGGACCCCGAGAUCGAGCUCUUCGUGAAGGCUGGAAUCGACGGGGAAAGCAUUGGCAACUGUCCUUUCUCUCAGCGUCUCUUUAUGAUCCUUUGGCUGAAAGGAGUUGUGUUCAAUGUCACCACUGUGGAUCUGAAAAGAAAGCCAGCUGAUCUACACAACCUUGCUCCUGGCACCCAUCCGCCCUUCUUGACCUUCAAUGGGGACGUGAAGACAGAUGUCAAUAAGAUUGAAGAGUUCCUGGAGGAGACCUUGACUCCUGAAAAGUACCCCAAACUGGCUGCAAAACACCGAGAGUCCAACACUGCAGGUAUUGACAUCUUCUCCAAGUUCUCUGCCUACAUCAAAAACACCAAGCAGCAAAACAAUGCUGCCCUCGAGAGAGGCUUGACCAAGGCCCUGAAGAAACUGGAUGACUACCUGAACACCCCUCUGCCAGAGGAGAUUGAUGCCAAUGCUCAUGGGGAUGAUGACAAGGGGUCCCAGCGCAAGUUCCUGGAUGGGGAUGAGCUGACCCUGGCCGACUGCAAUCUGUUGCCCAAGCUCCAUGUGGUCAAGAUUGUGGCCAAGAAAUACCGCAACUAUGAUCUCCCAGCUGAGAUGACAGGCCUGUGGCGGUACCUCAAGAAUGCCUACGCCCGGGAUGAAUUCACCAACACCUGUGCGGCUGACAGUGAGAUUGAGCUGGCCUAUGCAGAUGUCGCCAAGCGCCUUAGCAGAUCCUGAGCUAGGCCCUCUUGUCUGUCCCUGCCACAGAAGACCUCCACUUCUCCCAAAGGCCUCCAACUUUAGACUCCUCUUCCUCAUUGCCUCGGGAAAUUUUUUUUUUUUUAAUCAGGCCACAUCUUUCUGGCAUCAUUGGAACUCCAGUCUGCUACCUUGUAAGAAGGUCAGAGCCAUCACCUGCCUCUUUACGCUGAGGGAAUCUGGCAAACAGAGAGGAUUAAACAGUCAAACUCUCCCUUGUGGCCUAAUCAGGGGUCAGUUGGGAGGGCACACAUACAGGAUUGUCACUGGACUCUCCUUCUGCCAAUACCAAAAUAUCUUCUCAUACUUAAGCAACACGCAAUGCUUCCAUCCUCCUCUUCCACAGUCAGUGACUGUGAGACCAAGGACAAAUGCCAUUUUAGUUGUCAUUAGAGAGACAUCCAUCCCUUGUGAGGAGCAACAGUGAUUGGGGAAGGACCCAACUGCUUGGGCCUCUGGUAAAGUACCCUCAGUCACUUAAUUCUUCUGACACUCUUGUCCUUGGCACUGAAGGCCAGUCACUUCAAAUGCAGUCUCAAUUCAGUGCAGUGCCGGAAAUAAUGCAAUGCUGUUGUGCAACUGGCCCCCAGUUUUCACGUUGUCCUGGACUUGCCAGGAAGGAAACUGGCUUGUAAUUCCAAACUGGGGUGACUAUAAUGGGGAGGGGUAGGGGAGCAGUGUUGAUGCCAAAAAGGCCCCUGAGGGUCUACAGCCAUGGGUUUUGCUCACCUGCAUAGGGUUAGCUGCUCAUUGGAAAUCAAGUGUCUGAAUGUAUGUUCUGUUCAGUGAGUGGCUUUUGGUGUGAGAAAGAGAGGAGGAUCAUCAUAUUCCCUAGUAAACUUUUAGACUGGUUUUUUUCUCUCACGAUCUAAGUCUUGGACUGGUGAUAUUAUAUAACUACCAACCUUAUAGCAAAAACCCAAGGACUGGCCAAAAACUUCCUUCCCAGCCUUUUAGAAAGUUGCUCCUAGAUGCAGGUCUCUGGCUGGGUGUUCCCAGGAAGGAGCUCAUGAGAGAGAGAUGCAUUUAGGAAGUGAUAUGAUCAUGGACCAUCUUAGGAAGAAAGUCCAUAGGCCUUUCUGACUGGGAAACCAUGUGGUUCAACUUGAAGAAAUAUAUGUACCCAUCUGGGUUACUUUUCCUACCCUCAGAACCAACUGCUAGAUGAAAACAACAAAAAAAAGGCAACAAUUUUUUACCUAAUAUUUUCCUCUGUCAUUCUCCUUGAGUUUCACCCCCUAAAAGGCUCACCUGUCCUAAGCAUGGGGAAACUAAGAAAAAUGCACUAAUCAUUAACUCCCUCUGCCAGCAAGCCCCUGGGAGGAAAUCCAUCCUCCAGACCCCACCUUCAACAAUCCUGUCCUCUGUGUCGCUUGUUGGUGGAGGGUGAGGCUCCAGAGUGCCGGAAAGCCUGGACUUGGCUCAUUGCUCAGGGAGGGCAGGACAGCACGGGUCCUUUCCAUAGAAACAUCAACAAAUGCUAACCCAAGCAAUUUCUGGACACACCUGCCUCCAGGGAUCUCCAAAGGAAAAAAAGUGACCAUUGAUCAAAACUGAGGGAGGAAGCAGGUCUCCUUAGCCCACUGAGGAAGAGGACAUUGCUCAGCAGGACAUUUUAUAAGUCUGAGAGAGCUUUGAAGAGGCAGAAUGAGUUGAUUCAUUUCUACUGCUAAAGAAACCUUUCCACAGUCUCUCUGCUCACUGCCUCUGGAGAUGUUUAAAAUGUAGAACUGGGGAGGAAACAGCCCUUUUUAUGGCAGGGGAAAGCCCCAAACUGGCCUCCCGGGGGAUGAGAGCUCGAUGAUCCUGAUGGCCUUUUUAUUAGUGUGAAAUCUUGCUGUUCUCAGAAACCUUUCCCUGUCCUUACAGCACAGGCAAAUUGACCUCCAGGCAGCUCACCAUCCUGUGACCAAAAGGUGGGCUAUUGUUGAAACCCAUCUGUGAAGCAUAGCAUUCAAGGUGACCCAGGAGAGUGGCUGCCCCAGAGGAGGCAGCGGAAUCCUGAGGACUGUAAUGUGAUAUUUACAACCCAGCAAAUAAAGAGGUCUAAAAAACAAUUGUUUUAAAAAGUCCAAACCAGAUCAAUACUGUUAUUUCUAGCUGUUCCCCCCAUAGUUGAGUUGCUUUUACAUAAAUGACAAUAUUUGGGAAUCUUAUAUGAUCAAUCAUAACCAGUUUUAGGAGGGCUGGGAGUUACAGAAGGCUCUUCUGGGUACUUAAUUCAGGAAUACCUUUUUAUUUCAGCAGUAGACCAUUGUAUAAUGCAAGUGACCACUGAUUUAGAGUCUGAUGUCUUAUGACAGAUCUGUCCUAUUAUAUAAAAAAUAAUAAUAUUACUGUCUUUGUUUUCAAAAGAGAUUUUUCUUCAGCUCCUCCAGGCUCUCUGGGCUUUGCCUUUAACCUUAUCCUAUGCACAGCAUGCCACCUCUUAGCCAUGGUGAGGUGAGGUCUGCAGGUGUCCAAACAACCAGCUCAGAGAGAGGCAAAGGGCUGGCAGUUUGGAGCCUGCAUUCUGGAGUCUUUGGGUAGGAGGUAGUCUUUGUAAUUGGUCCGAAAUGAACAUUGGUUCCUCAGAACACGUUUUGUUGGCACAGAUAGCAGAGCUAUAUGUUGAGGUCCUAUUUUGUAUUUAAUUCUCUUCUUUGAAUUUCACAUCACUACUUUUUGUGGGGUAGGUUAGUGGAAGGCAGAGGCAGAAAGCUAGAGUCAGAAUUACUGGGUUGAACUUACCUAUUUAGGCCAACAUGUAUCUUAGGUUAGCCCAAAGAGAAAGCAUUGGAUAAGAUUUUAAUGACUAUAUUUUGAUAACUAUACUGGAUAAGUAAAAUCUUCAUUGAGCCAGGGCAUAGCUCCUUCCUGUCCUGACAAAGGAGGCCUGGUGCCUGAUUAGUUUGGAAUCACAGACAGGUAAGUCUCUUGUGUUACACUAGGGGUUAGAUAGGUACCUGGCACCAAACAAAUUAGUUACAAAGUGGGAAAUACAGUGAAUCAGCUUGUUUAACCAGGUGAUGCCAAACUAAUUCAGCUUCCUAGGAAAUGUCACUGCCCUCAGUGUUCCCUUCUGGUGCUGAUGGGAUCAGAAAGGAUCUUAGGUAUCAGAGGGCAUGUUUUAUGCCAUUUUGUCAAAUGAAGCAACAGAAGCUCUUCACAGCUCCUGUGCCAGGAGGUGGCCAUUCUUCAAACAAACAAUACCAAGAGUUUUAGGAUCAUUACAAGAUGGGGCAUUUCUGCAACAGAUAGACCUUGAUUAUGUUAAAGUCCCAGGGAUCAUCCUAGGAAUUGUGACCUAGACAACCACAAUUAAGAAGGAGACAGAACAGAAGCCUCCACCUAUCUAGUAAAAAUUUACUAAUGGAUCGGGUGUGGUAGUUCACACCUGCAAUCCCAGCAACUUGAGAGGCCGAGGGUAGAAGGAUGAGGCUCAAGAUGGACCCAGACAAAAGCACAAGGCCCCAUCUGAAAAACAAACUAAAAGCAAAAGGACUCGAGGUGUGGCUCAAAUGGUAGAGUACCUAGCUUGUGCCAGCCAAAAAAAAGUUCUCCAUCACUGUGAGACUCUGCAUAUCAAAUCAAAAAUCAGAUGGGUGGAGAAGUCCGGUAGCUGUUUCUGUGGUUCACCUCUCUCCCCACUGGCCAGGAGCAAACCUCAAUUGCACAGUGAUUCAAGAUGCUGGUGUCACUGUCCUUAGAAAGAGGAAAACUUAACUCACGGUUAAAACUAAGUUCAAUGGUUCUCAAAGGAGUCAUCUUUUUUAUGACAUUGAGAAGAAUCUUAAGAAAGCUUUAGAGAAAGAAGUAGGCAGGCGAAGUACCCAAUUCUGAUGUCAGGAGAACAUAAGUGACCUUGUCAUUGGCCUUAGGGCCUGUCUGCACACAAGCUGGUGUCCUUGAAUCCACUGCUUUCUGCCAUUAAAGUCAGACAGAAUUUGCCCUCCCCACAAAUGCAUCCUCUUCUCUUCAUCAGUAUUCCUCUCCCAGCCUCAUUUCCAGACACUUGUAUCUCAUGAUUAGGUGUAAUCUGUACAUAAUUUUUCAUAUUAUUUAAGGAAAUAGUUCUGAUUCUCCCUGCUAUCAAAAAUAAAUAAAAUAUUGCCUCAAUAAAAGGUUUUGGCUAAUAUGUAUUUCUAGACUAGCAAUUUGCUUUUAGGCAAAACACAGUUUUAAGGAUCCAGCACCUAAGGUAUUUUGUAUAUAGUUAGAGAUUUCACAAUAUUAACUAUGCAUGUAUUUUUAAAAAUCCAACUAGUGUUUGAAUUAUCUUAUGAUCCUUGCCACCUGGUUGUCCUAUUUUGUAAGCUGAGCUAACUAAUUUAGCAAACAUUGCCUACCUUUUAUAAAAGAACAAAUAUUUCAUUUUUUAAAAUGAUGGCUGAAUGAUAGCUACUUGAUUUUCCUGAGACCUUUAACUGUGGUGAUAAAAUAACAGACCUUGCUUUCAAGCCUUAAUAAAUGUAAAAUGCCUUUUAAAGAUGAUAUAGCUGAGUGUUUUCCUCAUGACUCUGAACCAGCUAUAAAUUUGUUCCCCAGUCUUGAUUGGUAUUGACUGAUUCAAAUAAAGUUGCUUUAUUUUCAAAUAUUAUAAAAGUGAUCUUUAGGUUUCUUGUUUAAGGUGAGAACUUCUUUUGCUGUUUCAAAUAACAAGUAUGAAAUAUUUCUUUUCUUCCAAAUAAAGGUGAUCUUAUAUUCCUAUUAUAGAAGAGAAGAUGGUGGUUCUUUUUAAAAAUAAAAAAGAAAUAAACAGAAAAGGGAGGGUGUGCAUAACUCUCAGCAUGCAUAACACCCUCGGUUCAAUUAUCAGCACUGAAAAAAAAGAAAGAGAGAGAUGGAGGGAGGGGAAAGGAAAGGAGGAAGAAGAAAAGAAAAGCUUUCUGAAGCAACCAUGCAAACACCUUUUUU